GAUCAGGUCAAAUUUUUGAUCGGUUGUGUUUUUGUUCAGUAAAACAAGGUCAAUAACAGGUGGAGGUGAAAUUCCUCUGUCUUUUAAGUUUUUACUUUCAAAACCGUUGUCACAUAAGGCAGUGGGCAAGUGUAUUUUGUUGGGAUUUUAUGUGUUAGAUAAACACAAAGUAGAAAAAAAAUUUGUGUUUAAAAUGUUUUUUAAAAAAAUCUGUAAAGUGUGGCAGGUAUUUGGAGUCCCACUUUGAUAUUUCUGUAUACGAUCCUGUUCUACCAGUUGCUUUCAGAAGUCAUAUUAUCAGUAAACAGUGUGUGAUUUAACAUCCCCAUAAUUCAGCUGUACUGUGAAAGCCUGAAGGUUGUUAGAGAACAUUAGUGAACAAACAUCAGCAUGAAAACCAAGGAACAGACAUGUCAAGGAGAAAGAAUUAAGAGUUGGUACUAAAUACAAGAAUAUUCUGUGAAGGAAACGUGUUUGAGGACAAAAAAUAAUUAAAAAUAGAGCAGAAAUUCCUCUUCCAGCCAAAAGAGGAGUCUAAGCUUAUAACCAAACAUAUGGCAGAAUGUUUUUGUUCAGAGAAUAACGGCUAAAAUCAAAGUAUCUGAUAAAAUACAGAUCUAAAAAAAUAUUCAAGCUGAAAAAUCACUUUUUAAUCACUUAUAGCUCCAAAAAGCACACUAAGAAAAAUAUACUAUUGAUAUCUUGGGUACAAUUGGUGUAAAAAAACAACAAUAAAACAAAAAAAAGUAUCUGAUUCUGUUCAGGUAUUUUUAAAAUGCUUCCAUAUAGAAACUAAAUCCAGAAAGCCAGAAAAAAAACCCUGUUGCAGCAAUUUUAAGAGAACAUAUCAGAUUUUAAUAAGGCUUUACAAAAAUGCGCAUAUUUUUAUUGAAACGGAUAAAAACUUCAGAACCAAACAAGGAGAAAGACCACCCACAUAGUUCCUAUGAUGCAGAAUUAGCAUAUCUGGGCUAUGAUUGUGCAUGGUUAUGCUCCAUGUUGGACACGCUCGCUCUCAGUAGCCGUGCGCUGCGGCUGGGAAACACGAUGAAGUGGCCACCUCAGGGAUUAACGGAGACAAAGGGAUGUGGCGCUUUUACAAGGACCAUGAUACCUGUAGAGCACUUCUGAACACAGCCUUGGUUGGUAAUGACUGUUGCAGCUUUUUUGUGUGUCUAUUUAUUACAGAUUUUUGUUUCUCUGUUUCCCAGAAUAAAAGGACUUGUGAUUGAGAGAGAAAGAGCUCCUGCUCAGUUAAAGGCUUACAAAAGCUGGCUGAGUCUUUUUCUCCAAGGCGCGUUUACGAGGAUCUCUCUCCAUCCUCAGUGGGUCAUGCCUCUGGCACUGCUUUUAUGUGCGAAGUAAAGGCUUAUCUCUCUUUGUGCCCUCCUCCAGUGCCUGUCAUCAUUGUGACAUGUAGCUUAAAACCCCUCUGUCAGUUACCGAAGAGCUCAUUCUGGCUCUCAGCUGUGGAUGAAGGAAGGACAUGCUGGCCAGGAUGGAGAGAUGAGGCAAACAGUUUGGGGGAUUUCAGUUUAGUCUCUGCAGAGUGAGCCCACUCCACUACGAGGGAUUCCUGCCAAUGUGGAGAUGUUAACCCGUGGAGAGGAGGAGUUGGGUGGAUUUUGAUAGAAAGACCUCUGUGGUAAAGUUUUGAGGUGUGAGCUUUGGCCAGGAAUUUGGCCAGUGCUUGGGGGAGUGACCCUUAGAGGCUGAUUUCUGGAUCACUGCAUCCACCAUGACCGACUCUCACCCAUCUGUCUCUGUGGGCAGUUCCAAGGGCAGCUCUCUUGUUUCCAGUGACUGGAACAUCACGGGCAGCGGGCCCUGGUUGUUGGCCUUCAUGUUGACUGCCAUCAUCUUCAUGACCAUCUGUGGCAACAUCCUGCUCAUCGCUUUGGUGUUUUCCCACCGCUCUUUGCGCUGCACCUCCAACUGCUUCCUGGUGUCUCUGUUCUUCUCCGACCUGAUGGUGGCGUUGGUGGUCAUGCCCCCAGCCAUGCUCAACGUGCUGUGCGGCUCUUGGGUGCUGUGGCCUGCCUUUUGCCCGGUUUGGCUUUGCUUCGACGUCAUGUGCUGCAGCGCGUCCAUCCUGAACUUGUGUGUUAUUAGCCUUGACCGCUACCUCUUCAUCAUUUCGCCGCUACGCUACAAGCAGAGGAUGACCCCACCCCGGGCUCUACUUCUGGUUGGGGCCGCUUGGAGUCUGGCAGCCUUGGCCUCCUUCUUUCCCAUUAAGAUGAACUGGCACAGUUUGGGUCACGGGGAUGAAUACUCGCUAAUUCCUCAAGUCAGCCUUGGUAACAUCAGUUUCUUCCAUGAAAAGCAAUACCCGGACUCCUACUUCCAGCAGUCACCAAAGGGGGGUGCGUCCUUUCAGUGCCGCCUGCGGGUGACCCUGCCCUUUGCCUUGGUGGCAUCCGUGCUUACCUUCUUUUUGCCCUCCAGCGCCAUUUGCUUCACCUAUUGCCGGAUCCUUCUGGCAGCACGGAGACAAGCAAAGAGAGUUGCGGCAUUGAGCCACCCUCCUAACCCUCAUCUGUCCUUUGGAGAACCUUCCCGGCCUCCUUCGCCCGGAGUUGCUGCCGGGUCAGCUCAGCAAGAUGGAUGUGACUGCGGUCAUCAAGGACCUGCCAUGUCUCAAAAUGCACUGCUGUCUGUGACCAGUGAGCGCCGUCUUGCUCACAAGCAGGGUCGGAGGGCACUGAAGGCCAGCCUCACACUAGGAGUCCUUCUGGGACUUUUCUUCAGCGCCUGGUUACCCUUUUUCAUCACAAACAUGGCUCAGGCAGUGUGUGAGUGUGUCCCACUUGCACUGUUUGACGCCAUCACCUGGCUGGGCUACUGUAACAGCACCAUAAACCCCAUCAUCUACCCGCUGUUCAUGAGGGACUUCAAGCGAGCUCUGGCUAAGCUCCUGCCCUGCUGUUCAUCACGGUCACCCAGGAGACCCUCGCCGGCUCUCUCCAUCUCUUUGCACAACUCAGGGGAGCCCAACAUGGCUAGCAACCCGACCUCGCCUCUGGCCUCCGACCCCGCACACCCAGCAGCCACUGCCACGGAAGGCGUCAACCUGCUGGAUGCCGAACACGCUGGGAUCGAGUUGCCUCUGCUUCUUCCCAACCAGGUGGACAACCUGGACUGAAUCACUGUGGAAGCACAGCCAGUUAGUGACUGAGGGAUUACACAGGAAGGACGGGCCAUUGAAGGAUUCUGAGUCUCGCUCGCUCGAUGCUGCUCUUCGGCCCAGUCCAGAUUGUCCACGGUCUUCUGAGCGACUCUUACAGACUGAGGAAGAACAAAUGAAGCUCCUGCCACUUCUUUGGUGGGAACUCCCACUGCCAC